AGUCCUACAUUUAUUUUAUUGUUUACUUAAUUUUCUACGUGCUAUGUUUACUUUGGCAUGAGAGAACUUAUGCUAUAUGGCUGCACAUUGCUCUAGUCACACUGUCUCUUUAAACGGCAGCUCAUUACUCCUCCCAGUCUAUUGGUGCGCCAUGAACCAAUAGGAGGCCAGUACAGUACAAAGAGAUCUACUCCCUCCCCUUUCCAUUGUGUCAUUCCUCUCACAAGAGGAGCUUCAGCCUGCAGCGUCGGAUGCACACAGAUUCAGUCUUUCGGUCGACCAACAGACAAAGGAUUCCACUGUAUUUGAAAUGAUUUACACGCUAUUAUAUCGCGCGAUACAUUUCGGAUAUACAAAAUGGAGAUUAUGAUGAGAAAAAUGCGGAGAAAAUGGUGGAUUGCCGGGCUGCUUCAUGCUCUUGCUGUGUGGAAUAUAAUCGAGGCACAGAUCCGCUACACCAUCCCAGAGGAGCUAAAUGAGGGCACUGUGGUGGGAAAUAUCGCCAAAGACCUGGAUUUGAAAUUAUCGGAGGUUUUUGAACGGAAUUUGCGGAUCGCUUCCGAGUCUGGUAAGCAGUAUUUCGGCGUGGAUUCAGCCAAAGGUGAGCUGGUAGUGAGUGAGAGAAUCGACAGAGAGACGUUAUGCAGUCAAAGCGCCACUUGCCUCCUUCCGUUAGAGGCUAUAGUAGAAAAUCCAUUACAGCUGUAUCGCGUUGAAAUAGAGAUACAGGAUAUUAAUGACAAUUCUCCAGUUUUUCAAAACAACGAGAAGGUUUUAAACAUAGCUGAGUCAACAGUGCCUGGUGCAAGAUUUCGGUUAGAAGCUGCUCAAGACCCUGAUGUUGGUUCAAAUUCAUUGCAGACUUAUACACUUAGUAAAAACGAACAUUUUACACUAGAUAUGAAAUUAGCUAAAGACGGAUCUCAAGUUCCAGAGCUUGUGUUAGAAAAACCUCUAGACAGAGAGAAACAGUCAACAAUCAGUCUCAUGUUAACAGCCUUAGAUGGAGGUAAACCUGCCAGAUCUGGCACAGCAGAAAUCACUGUUUUUGUUCUUGACAUAAAUGAUAAUUCACCAGUUUUUGAAAAGGCCCAGUAUGACACAAAACUUGCAGAAAAUACAUCGCCAGGUGUCGUAGUGGUGACUGUAAAAGCUGUAGACCCGGAUGAAGGUCUAAACAAUGAAAUAAGCUAUUCGUUUGGACCACACACACCAGAUUUGGUACACAAUUUGUUUUCUGUUGAUUCAGUGACUGGAGAGGUUAAGGUAAAAAAUAAAAUAGAUUUUGAAACAGAUAACUCUUUUGAUUUUGAUAUUGUUGCUAGAGACAAAGGCACUCCUCCAAUGGAAGGUCUUUGUAGUCUCCACUUGGAUAUUUUGGAUAUGAACGAUAAUGCUCCUGAAAUAGUACUAAAGUCUCUGCCCAGUCCUGUGCGUGAAGACGCUCCUGUUGGAACAGUUGUGGCUUUGAUAAGCGCUAAAGAUUUAGACACAGGAGAUAACGGCAAAGUCAGUCUGACUUUAUUACCCGGCGUUCCUUUUUCAUUAAAACCCUCAAUUUCCAAUCAUUAUACACUAAUUACGGACCAAAAACUGGACAGAGAGUCUCACUCUGUGUAUAAUGUUGUUAUAGUAGCUGCUGAUUCUGGAUCCCCUCAGCUCACAUCUAAACAGGAGAUCCUCGUCAGUGUUUUAGAUGUAAAUGAUAACCCACCUGUUUUCACUCAGCCGUUUUACACUGUUUAUGUGAAAGAAAACAGCGCUGCUGGUUCCAUAUUGUGUUCAGUUUCAGCUUCUGAUCCAGAUCAGGGAGAAAAUGCCAAAGUGUCGUAUUCUGUAUUAGAUUCUAGAGUUCUCGACACUCCAGUAUCAUCUUAUAUCUACAUAAACUCAGAUAAUGGCAGCAUUUACUCCAUGCACUCCUUCGACUAUGAGAAAAUGAAAGUGUUCCAGAUCCAAGUUCAGGCGAAAGAUCACGGCUCUCCGUCUCUGAGCAGCAACGCCACAGUCCAUGUGUUUAUUCUGGACCAGAACGACAAUGCCCCCGCGGUCAUUUACCCCUCUGCAGUCAUGGGCUCCGUCUCUCAUCAGAGGAUGCCCCGCUCCGCUAAAGCAGGGCACCUCGUUACUAAGGUCACAGCAGUGGACGCUGACUCGGGCCAUAACGCCUGGAUCUCCUAUCGGCUCGCGGAGGCCACGGACGCGUCUCUGUUCAGCGUCAAUCUGCACACAGGAGAGGUGAGGACUAAGCGCUCCGUCUCCGAGCAGGAUGACUCCUCUCAGAGGCUGCUGAUAGAGAUAAAGGACAACGGAGAGCCAGUGCAGUCCACCACGGUCACCGUGGAUGUGCUGAUAGAGGACGGCUUUCAUGAGCCCAUCUCAGACUAUCGGAAGAAAAGCACAGAGAUCAGUAAGAAAAGUGGGAAAAUCACUCUGUAUCUGAUCAUCUCUCUCGCUUCUGUUUCGUUGCUGUGUUUGAUGACGUUCUUCAUCUUACUGGUGAAAUGUGCUCGAGGCAGUAGAGGCAGCUCGAGCUGCUGUAUCAGGCGGAGCGAGUCUGGAUAUAAAAACCCCAACAGAAACCUGCAGAUCCAGCUCAACACUGACGGACCCAUUAAGUAUGUGGAGGUGCUGGGAGGAGACAUGAUGUCUCAGAGUCAGUCGUUCGGCUCCUAUCUCUCUCCAAUGUCCGAGUUCAGUGAUUUCACCCUCGUUAAGCCCAGCAGCACCACAGACUUCACAGACACGCUCAACGUGCUCGAUGCGUCACUUCCUGACAGCACGUGGAAGUUUGAGAGUCAGCAGGUGGGUGCGUUUUUUGAAAUAUCAGUCUGGCAAGCAUUUAUACUUAUCAUUAUCGUUAUCAGUAGCUUUUAUUCUGUCCUUAGAGGCGUUAUUAUGUGCUUAGACAUGAACGUUUUGUGCUUUACUCGACUGCAUUGUUGUAUUUUGUUCUUUUCACGUGAAAGCAGAUGGUUUAUUGCAUGAAUUGCGCCUCUUGUUUAUUUUUACAAUCCCGAGAUGCUUUAAGAGAUACUGAAACUAUUUCAAAUUGAUCUUUCCAUGUUCCUCCCACAAAUGCGUUAAUUCACCCAAUGUUGCAAAAUUGGAAAAGCUUAAUAAAACCCUGACAAUUAUCCCAUUCACAUCCAUAAAUUUAUAGAACAUUAUUAAUUUCAAAUAUUGUUUAUUUUGUAUGAGUGUUGAAGGACACAGUCCUGAAACUAAUUAUGCUCACUUGUCUGCGAGCUUACAUUUCAUUUUCCUUCAAAAAAAUAAAUAAUAAUAAAAAAAAUGACACAGCAGCUAUAUUUUCCACAUCAAUGGGCAGCUCCUUCACUGCUUGUACUGAUCAUUCGUUUUUAGUUGUCUCAUCGAUAGUAACAUAUUUCAGUUCGCCAGAGACAUUCAAACGCAGC